CCGAUUGUGCGCUCUACUACUUAGUCUGUGCACAAAGUAUUUAGUAACACCCCCAACAAUUGCCCCCCAAGCUGGUGGUGAGUUUUAACUCAUCGCUAGCUUUUAUAUAUAUAUAUAUAUUUUUAAAUCUUAGUCGGUAAUUAUGGGUGGAGCCCUAUGUACCCCAGUUGCCCCCCAGCUGGUGGCGCGUUUGACUGACGCGGUGCCAGCUUCUUGCGUCUUGCCCCCUAGUUGGUGUAUUCCAUUAAGGCGUGUAGCCCCCCUUAGCCCCAUUAACGCUCAGGCAAGUAAAAUAUUUCAAUAUUUACUAAUGAUAGAGAGACAGAGUACUUAGCUUUAUGUUGGCGACGGGUAGUGAGACCAAGUUGGACCUUGCGCGGUUGCCUUGUGGGUCGGGGCUUGACGCGGAGCGGAUCAGGCGACUUCGUUGGAGGGCCGCGAGCGGAUGGUCCUGAGACGCUUUUGUCGAACUAAGUGGGCGCGAAUAGUUCGUGACUAUUGCGACUUUUUGUUCCGUGGAACUGAGUGGGCACGAAUAGUCCGUGACUAUUGCGACUUUUUGUUCUUUCGAACCGAGUGGACGCGAAUAGUGCGGGACUAUUGCUAUUUUUUGUUCCGUGGAACUGAGUCUGCGCGAAUAGUUCAUGACCAUUGCGAAUUUUUGUUUGUUCCGUGGAACUGAGUGGGCGCGAAUAGUGCGGGACUAUUGCUAUUUUUUGUUCCAUGGAACUGAGUGUGCGUGAAUAGUUCAUGACUAUUGCGACUUUUUGUUUGUUCCGUGGAACUGACUGGGCGUGAGUAGUUAAACAUCAGAUACCGCGCCAUUGAAACACACGGCUCACUUGUAGCCUGCUGGUGACGUUGACUGUCCGGCGGAGGAAUGCCGCGGGUUCGAGGAUUGGCGGUGACUUCAUUUUUUUGAAGAGUUCCGUCUGUUGAGCGCGGGCCAUGAGUUGGGCUCGCGCGUGAGGCUUGGCCCGCAAAUGGAGUCUGGUGACGAGCCCGAGAAUUGGAUGAGGGCCCAGGUUACGUGUUGCUGUUGAGGCAAGUGAGAGUGGAUACAUAGGGCACGCCGCGCUUUAGUAGCAACUACGCGCUUUAGUCUGCUGGUUAACACCCACGUCUGGUGGGGGAGUGACGUGGGUUCAAUUCCUCGCGGCGACGAUAAUAUUUUUGGCGCGAAUAGAUCGGUGACCGCCGCGAGUUGGGCCCGAAGCGGCGCUGGCUGUCGCGAGUUGGGAUUCGGACUACGGUUUGGUGGGCCCACGGCGUCUGUUGCGGGCGGCUUGGAUCGGGAUCGAGGACGAGUCGGCGGGCCAAUCGAUCCCCCAUCAGCUCAGUGACGCGAAAGUGGGCCGCGGGCUUGGAUGGGGGCGGGCCGCAUUGGCGAAGUGAGCCACGGCAAGUGGGCGGGCCGCGAGCUAGGUAAGUGGGGCGGAUAUGAUGUCCCGCGAGUGGGAGUGGAUAGAUAGGGCACGCUGCGCUUUAGUAGUAACAAUGCGCUUUAGUCUGCUGGUUAACACCCUCGUCUGGUGGGGAAGUGACGCGGGUUCAAUUCAUCGCGGCGACGAUAAUGUUUUUGGCGCGAAUGGAUCGGUGACGGACCGCCUGUUGGGCCCGAAGCGGCGCUGGCCGCCGCGAGUUGGGAUUCGGGCUGCGGUUUGGUGGGACUGCGGCGUCUGUUGCGGGCGGCACGGAUCGAGAUCGAGGACGAGUCGGCGGGCCGAUCGAUCUCCCAGCAGCUAGUGACGCGGAAGUGGGCCGCGGCAAGUGGGCGGGCCGCGAGCUAGGUAAGUGGGGCGCGAGGCAGGGCGACGCGGUGGCGGGCCUUGAAUUGGGGCGGGCCCGAUGUAGCACGUGCCCGGGCCGGAGGUAGUACGCGGGCUGAGACGCGGGAGCUGGGGCGGAGCAUGUGGGCCGCGCUAGCGAUGCGGGGCGCAAAGUUGCUGGCGUGGCGUGGGCCAGGGGCGCGGGAAUGGGCCUUGAACCCAGCUGUCUUCACGAUAACUCUGCCUGUUUGCCUCGGUAGCCCCGUUGGUCAGUGUUUCCUUGAAAGAGAGAAAAGACAUCUCAGAGAAAGCUGUCAGUUUUUCUUGACUAUGUGUUAUGUACUGUAGGUGAGCAGUGGAGUAGGUUGAAAUGGUGGUGAUAGUGACAGGAUAGCCACCGUUUCUUCCUUUCUUUUCGUCUGAGCUCCGACGCAAACCCUUUUUUUUUCCGUAAAAUGGGAGAUGAAAGCUUCCUGGUUCCGAAGAAGCCGCUCCCUGCUCACAAAACUGACUCCAAUCCAUUAUUUUUCCACCAGCCAAAGAAAGAACACUGUGUGUCAAAUCUGAACCCGAAACAAACAAAAAAAAAACCAACUCUGCCGCAACAUAAAAUAAGGGGAAGAAAGAAGAUCGAAGCGAUCAACAAAGCCGAAAAGGGGAAUAAGUGGAAAAGGUGAUU